AUGGACCAAGCAAAGGAACUCCUCGAAAUGCCGCGCGAAUUCCUCAAGGAUGGCCAAGGUUUCAUCACGAGGUGUAGCAAGCCCGACCGUCGCGAAUUCCUGCGCAUCUCACAGGCCGUCGGAAUGGGCUUUUUGAUCAUGGGUGUGAUCGGAUACAUUGUCAAGCUGAUUCACAUUCCUGUCAACAACCUCCUCGUCGGUGGUGCAUAG